GGGCAGGCGUUAUUCUAAGUAGAACAACUGCAGUUGCACAGCUGCCCUACAGAUCACAUCUGCUCAGCAAUGCUAAGUACAAGUCAAUGAAGAGGUGAGAUGUAAACUGCAAGGAGCCGGUGAUCCACUAACUCGGAUUCUGGUUGAAGUGGAGCUUGAAGUGUUAGGAUAUAAGCAGCAUGGAACAAAAAACAAAGUCCUUGAAGUUUUUUCUUCAGUCCUUCCUGAUUCUGGGCCUUCAUAAUUUUACUGGAGCGCAGCAUGAAGAUAUGAGAUCCAGCUGCAGAACUGCUCCUAGUGAUCUAGUUUUUAUUUUAGAUGGCUCUUGGAGUGUUGGGGAUACAAAUUUUGAAAUAAUUAAAAGAUGGCUUGUCAAUAUUACUAGUAACUUUGAUAUUGGCCAAACAUUUACACAAGUUGGGGUUGUUCAAUACAGCGAUAACCCUCUCUUGGAAAUCCCACUUGGAAAAUAUGUUUCAAGUGAAAAACUUAUAGAAGCCAUGGAAUCAAUACAAUACAUGGGGGGCAAUACCCAGACAGGUAUAGCGAUAAAAUUUGCUUGGGAAAAUAUGUUUGCUCACUCUGCCAGAGCUGCUAAUGGUGUAACAAAAAUAGCAGUCGUACUGACUGAUGGAAAAUCCCAGGAUGAAGUGAGACAUGCUGCAGAGGAAGCAAGGAAGAACAGAAUCACUUUGUUUGCUAUUGGAAUUGGAUCAGAAACAGAGGAAGCAGAACUAAAAGCAAUUGCCAACAAGCCAUCGUCCACUUAUGUGUUUUAUGUCGAUGACUACUUAGUAAUUUCCAAAAUUAGAGAAAUGAUGAGCCAGAAGCUCUGUGAAGAAACGGUUUGUCCAACAAGAAUCCCAGUAGCAGCUCGUGAUGAAAAGGGCUUUGAUAUUCUACUUGGUGUAGACAUUGCCAAAAAAGCGAAAAGAACUCAAGGAUCUUACUCCGGUAGUAAAGCCUAUUUGGUGACAUCACAGGUUGACUUAACUGAAAGCACAAGCAAUAUAUUCCCCGAUGGCCUACCGCCAUCUUAUGUCUUCGUCACUACAAUGAGGUUUAAAGAGCCAGUAACUCGGGAGAAGUGGGACCUCUGGAGGAUUCAAGCUCUUGAUGGGACUUCCCAAAUUGCUGUUACAUUAAAUGGACAAGACAAGACAGUAACGUUUACUACAACAAGCAUGGGGAAUGGCACACAACAAGUGACCUUUACAUCAGCUGGACUAAAGAAACUGUUUGAUGAAAACUGGCAUCAGCUACGAGUUCUUGUAACACAGGAGGAGGCUACAUUGUAUGUUGAUGACCAGCAGGUUGAAAUUGUGAAACUGGAUCCUGUUCUUGGUAUCUACAUCAGUGGGAAAACACAAAUAGGAAAGUACUUCGGCAAAGAAGAAACUGUACCGUUUGAGCUGCAGAAGUUAAGAAUCUACUGUGACCCAGAGCAAAAUAAUCGUGAAACUGCAUGUGAAAUCCCUGGAAUUAAUGGUGAGUGUCUAAAUGUUCCUGGUGAUACUGAGACAACUCCAGCUCCGUGUACAUGCCCUCCAGGUCCACCUGGACUGCCAGGUUUGAAGGGAGAGUGUGGGCAGCCUGGGGAGCCAGGGGAUCCUGGAAGACCUGGUACAGAUGGUAAGCCUGGUAUUCCGGGAUUUCCUGGAAAUCCAGGACUGCAAGGUUCACCAGGUAUUCAGGGACCACGUGGGAUGAUGGGAUACAAAGGAGAGCCUGGAGGUCCUGGUGAUUCGGGUGAGCGCGGAUUUCCUGGAUUACCGGGUACACCUGCACCACAAGGAGAAAAGGGCUCUCAAGGUCCUAGAGGGGAACAUGGACUACCCGGGAUUGAUGGGAAAAUUGGUGAAAAGGGAGACAAAGGAUCUGCAGGAUUGCCUGGACCAUCUGGACCUCGUGGAACCAAUGGUCGUAAUGGACAAGAUGGUAUGCCUGGAAUUGAUGGUCAAAAGGGAGAAACUGGACAGCCGGGCAUUCCUGGCAGAGAUGGAAUUCAGGGGUACCGUGGGAUCCCUGGAAGUCCAGGAAAUGAGGGCCCAAUGGGGGUUAAGGGUGAUACAGGGUUACAAGGUGAAAGGGGGCCAAAGGGUUCCACUGGAAUUUCUGGAGAGAUGGGGUUACCUGGCUUGCCUGGUUCAUCUGGAAUUCCUGGAGUUAAGGGCAUUAAAGGUGGAACUGGAUUGCCAGGCAUGCCUGGACUUCAGGGGAUAGAGGGAAGGCCAGGUGAACCAGGAAUGGCAGGUCAACAAGGGCACCCGGGUUUGCCUGGGAUUAAAGGACACAAGGGUGACAAGGGCAAUCAAGGUGAAACAGGAAUCCAGGGCAUUGUGGGAGGAAAGGGAGAGCCAGGAAGACCAGGAAAUCAGGGUGUAGCGGGACCAUCAGGAUUAAAAGGAGUGAAAGGUGAACAUGGAGAACCUGGCAUAAGAGGUCAAGAUGGCCAUAGAGGAGAACAUGGUCAGCCUGGCAUGGUAGGACCUCGAGGUCCAAGAGGAUUAAAUGGAGCUACGGGGCCUUCUGGAUCACCAGGAAUAGAAGGGAGACCUGGAAGAGAGCUUUCAGAAGAAUUCAUUCGACAGAUUUGCUUGGAUGUCCUAAGAACUCAAUUGCCCUCCUUCUUACAUAAUGGAAGGACUAGAAGCUGUGAUGUUUGUCAAACACUAAAAGGUUCGCCUGGGUCACCUGGGCCUAUCGGGCCCCAGGGCUCCAGAGGAUUUUCUGGCCUACCUGGUUCAAAUGGUUUACCGGGGCGUAGGGGUUCACCUGGCCUUCCUGGUAUCCCUGGAAUUAAAGGAUAUGCUGGUGAAAUUGGGCCAAAGGGAAACCAAGGAAUAGGAAAACCUGGUGAUCCGGGCAAUCCAGGUCUACCAGGUCCAGUAGGACCGCCGGGAAUUAGCAAAGAAGGCUAUCCAGGAAAACCUGGUCCCAGAGGACACAACGGGGACCAAGGGAAGCCUGGAAUACCAGGGGCCCCUGGGGAACCUGGAAUUUGUGACCCAUCUUUGUGUUAUAGGGUUAUGGUGGGAAGGGACCCCUUCAGGAAAGGGCCAAAUUACUGAUCUUUUGGUACUCAACCAGCUAGGCUGGAUAUGGUGCUUAACUAAUGAAAAAACAUCUUUCAAGUCUCAGGAAGAUCACUUUUUAACAGUUUUUCCUGUAAUGGGGGCAGGAGUACCUCUGUUUCACUUGCAUGGAUGAAAAGGCAUACAAAGGCAAACAGAAAAUAUGCUUGAAAUCAACGAUCAAUAUAAAUUCACACAAUGGGUUCUGUUUAUGAUCCAAACAACAGUUGCUUAUGAUCUCUCUACUGCCAUUCUCAAUACCCAUUGUAUUUUUUUAUAUUUAGUGUGUGAUAACAAGAAGCAAAUAAAUCACUCCUUGGGGAAAACACCAACGGGUUGCAGUAUUAAGAUUAGAUUAAAUGUUUAGAUCUAAAUAAUAGUUGCCAUGGUCAAGCGUCCAACACUUUAAUACUGCACUUGUAUCCAAAAGUGAGCAGUUAAAGUUGGCAACUUCAAGAUCACAAACAUAUCAAAAUGUGUUAUUCAGUACACAAAGCAUAUACAUGUACACCCAUGUAUGUUGAUCUUAGACAGCUAUGCUUUGCCUUUUAUACUCAGUGUUGCUUUUUUUAUACUUAGAUUAUGAUAAAUGGCAUGAUUACAUAUGCAUAGCUAAGCCACUGUUUAAAUGUAUUCAGUGAUGCUUUUAUAAGAUUAACACCUGCAUUAUUCUGUUUUUUAAGAGACCCAGACAGAACUGAGCAUCAUCUGGGAACUGGUUAUACAGUAACUUGUGCUUGUGCUUUACCAGAGGCUAUUGUCAAGAUUGCUGUCUCCCAUGUUAAACACUAAAGGCAGUCCAUUAUGUGCAGCAUUGCAGAUUCACUAGCACUAUUUUCAUGAAGUUGACAAGCCCAUUUAAUUACAUUUGCUGUUUUAUUGGUAUAAAAUGGUUAUUUGUAUUGCUCCCAAAUUAUUUGUAUUGCUCCCUUUUGAUCAUGGUGAACAAGAAGAAAAAAAAUGAAAUGGCCCCCUUCUCUAUUGUUAACAUCAACAGUUAUCAUGCUCAUGUUUUGGCACUUGGGAAAGCAAGAAAAAGUGUUGUAGACCUAUUCUCUUCUGUAAGGUGUUGUGAUACAGCUCAUCCCAGAGUGUUCAUUUUCAGCCAAGGAAUAAGCCCAUAUUUAUACUGAUAAUGCAUUGCUUUAUGUUGCUUUUUAGUCAUGUAUUAUCUUGUAGCUUCAGCUCAUUUUCUGGUAAAUAUGGAGACAGAAGAAUCAGCAAAUAGUUCAAAGCUCAUACAGCGAGAUGUCUUAUUGUAAGUUACUGGCACUUUUCAUGAUUUACUUUUCCUCUGUUUUGUUAAAUAGUAUUUACAUUAAAGCAGCACCUUAAUGUAUGGUUACCUUCAUUUAAAUGCUUAAUAAAAAUUGCACCACAAACACAAAGUGGAAUACUAAGUAUAAGAAUAUACAGAAUUGUGGCUACUGGUGAAUGUUAUUAUUAUUAUUUUUUUUUAAACAACACAAUUUAUGUUGUGUUUCUAUGGGAAUGCAUUAGGCUUUUUGAUAAACCCUCACCCUAACCCUAGCCAAAAAUCAAGCUCAUUCAAUGGAUCUCAAGAUGUUGUACAAUAAUGUGGUUCUCUUAGGCAGUGAUACAGCUAAUAAAGUGGACUCACAGACCAUUACAAACCAUCGGGGGAUUGACACGGCUACCUGUCGCAUUCCUCUGUUCUCAUGCAGAAAAUGAAAUUGCUUGAGAAAGAAGAGUGUGAUCAACCAGAUCUUGGACAUUUGUAAUAAUAUUAUAUUACAGUAUAUGGUUCAAUAAUAAACAAUGCAUUGUUGUUUAACUUCAUCCAUAGCUUUGAUAAAUAAUCACAUUGAACUUUGCUGAUAAACUUGUUUUGUUAUGUAUACAUUGGAUAGAGUUUUGGAUAUUGUAUUUACGUGUCUACCAGAAAUGCAAAACCUCAAAAGUUGCGAAGGGUAAAACUAAAUAUAUUCAGCACAAACAAACGUUUUAAUUGACAUUUAACUUUGCAGGAGUGAAAAAAAAACCCAUAUAGCUGCAGUUUGGUCAGAAUUGCAUGCAUGAUCUAAGAAACUAAAACAAGUUGUGUGGGAAAGAAAAAAAAAAAUGACCAACAAAUGAUGGGAAAGUCCUAGGUGCCAAAAAACUACAGCUGUCGCCCAUGAUAUUGCCGCAAGGACUAAUACAAUAAUAGUGUAAUUCAAAUGAAAGAGCACUGUAACCAUUUUUAAAAUAAUUUACUGUAAUCUCUACUACUUUUUGUGUAAGUUGGUUUCUGGUUUUACAUGUAAAGUAUCUCAAUUUGCUGUAUUCUUAAUGUAUUUGUUUGCCAGUAAAUGCAUUGAAGUCCUACCAUUUACUGUAAUGCUACUGCUUUAUGAAUAUUUUCUAUUAACACCUUUCACUAUCAGUGGUGUAUAAUUGUAUUUUGUAUUGUAUUACGGUAAGAAGAACAUCUAAAACAUUUUUUUUUUUAUCCAUACAAAAGCCAAUAAUAAUAUUGUGUGUUAUUAGAUAGAAAUCUACUAAUUGUUUCAUUGCUGCAUAGUUUCAUUUUUCUUGGACUAAUGGUAGCGUAGAUUAAAGUAACUCUUUCUGAAGUAAGCUUACUGUAUCAUGCUGAAAUGACCACCCAUUAAAGAACAGAUUUCUUCUA